AUGAGCGAUCCGUCAUACACCACAACUAUAUCCGAACAAGCAAAUCAGUAUAUUAGCAUCGCUGGUGACAUCAAGUUCUGUAAUUUCAUCCCCGUUAGUAAUUUAGUGGAUUUCGAGUAUGCACAUUAUGUACAACACAACAUUCGAACGAUAUUCUUCUACCCGAAAUGGAAGUACGAAGAAUUUCACAAACAUCCGAAUUCAACCAUUGCAGAAGCUUUCCGGAAUGGUUACGAAAUGGUGUACGAUCUAGACAACACGAUCGAAAUCUAUCACUGGAAUCGUUUCUCUAAUCAAACGAUUACGAUCGAUCCUUACAACAUUAUCGUACCGGACGAGAUGCGUGAUUUGUACGGGAGUAAUUUGGAACUGCAUGUACUGGAUUACUGGCGCUAUUCAAUGACAUUCGACGAGUACUUCCUAGAGUUAGUCGCCAAGAAGAUAAACGCCACUGCUGUUGUGUUGGAUUCCUUCAAAUUUAGCUUAGGAUUUGCACCAAUGGUUUCCAGGUACAUAUCGGACCUUUCCUUUACGGUGCUUGGCAUUGGAAAUAUUUUUUGGGCAAUAAUGGUUCCUCGAGCCAAGCCCAAGUCAAUCGUGUCGAUACUGAUCGAUCCUUUCGACAUGUACACAUGGAUCACAUACUUAAUACUAGUCCUUACAAUGGCCAUUACUCUCUCCUUAUUUGGAGAGCUUCUCGGAAGACGCCGUUUCGUGGAGAUAGUUCUUGAGCUGUUCAUGAUUUCCCUCGCUGGUCCGUCAAGAGCAUAUGGAGGAUCGUUCGAGAAUCGAAUGAUCACUGUAUUCUGUCUUAUGGGAAUAGUGCUCGUAUCGUCCUACCAAUCAUUAGUCAUCUCCUUUAUGUCAUUCGCGCGCUAUCAUCCCGAGAUCAACACGCUGGCGGAGAUACAGGAACGAUGUUUGUUUAGCGAUGACGAAGAUGCACAAGAGUUUAAUUUCACAACAACUACUGAUAUUACGAGUGUUAGUCCAGGAGGACUUUGUAUUUUUGAAACGGGUCGAGAUAACGAAGAACGAACUAUGGUGAUAAAUUCGAAAGUUGAGAGUCUUAGGCAUACAUUUUAUGUAGAAGACUGGAUGCGCUUUAGACAAGAACACUACCGUUACGCUGAUACUAAAUUUUUUGAAUGGCAGCUGGUAUACUAUGUUUCACCACGUUUACGAGAAGUAAUUAGUUUCUACUUUCAAUCUAUUCGCGAAUCAGGUAUCUAUGAUUAUUACUACAACAACAAAUCAAAACCAAUUUGGCACUAUAAGCACGACACUUUUGUUGAUCGAGUCGUGAAAGUAGGAGAUCUUACAUUGCUGUGGUAUGCUUACGCGUGCGGAAACUUACUGAGUGUUAUAUGUUUCGUAAUGGAAACAGUUAUUCAUAACGAGGUUGACGGAAUAUCGAAUCCAAAAUAA